GUGAUGUUCGUGUAUAUAAUUCUGAUGAUAUUCAAGAUCCAGUAGUACGUCGGGGUAAAGGUAGACCUACUAAACGUUUAAAAGCUUUAAUGAAGAAAAUAAUAAAGUUGGAACUAGCAAAGGGCACAGACUUAUAUAAAACAGGACAUUAUGCUCCUAAGUGUCCUAAUGAGGGGAAAUUUGCGUUAUGGAAUUUGGGUAGUAAGAGUAUCUUUGAGGUUGAGGUUGAGC